AUGGUAAAGGCAGAAACCUCAACAGUUAAGAAGUAUUUAAUUGUUCCCUUGCGAUGCCAAGCUAGACAAGACUAUGAGCCAAGUGCUAGCAUGUUCAAUGCAAAUCGCCAAAAAAUCAAAGAAAAGACAGAAAUCUUGAAUCAGGAUUGGAAGCAACACCGGAUACAACCUGUUCACAUCAUGACUUCUGUGAGCACAAUGCGUGGUACCAGAGAGUGUGCUGUGGAGAGUGGAUUCUCAGAAUUUCCAAAGCAAGUCAUUCCCUUGAAGACUUUGAAUGCAGUGGCCUCCAUUCCAGUUAUGUACUCCUGGUCUCCCCUUCAGCAAAAUUUCAUGGUGGAAGAUGAAACUGUUCUACACAACAUUCCUUACAUGGGGGAUGAAAUCCUGGAUCAGGAUGGGACUUUUAUUGAAGAACUCAUUAAAAACUAUGAUGGAAAAGUACAUGGAGACCGAGAAUGUGGUUUUAUCAACGAUGAGAUUUUUGUAGAACUGGUAAAUGCUCUAACCCAGUACAGUGAUAAUGAUGAAGAGGAUGAUGAUGAUGAAGACGAUCAAGAGAACAAAUCUGAGAAGACUGAUGGAAGUGACAUCAGGGAAGAAAGCAAUGAUUCCAGGAAAGAUUAUCAGGAGAUCAAUAUGGAUGUUAAAGAAUGUGAUGAAGGGAAGAAAAAGCCUUGUGACAAAAUAUUUGAAGCAAUUUCAUCAAUGUUCCCGGAUAAAGGUACACCAGAUGAACUGAAGGAAAAGUACAAAGAAUUGACAGAGCAACAACUUCCUGGAGCUCUACCUCCAGAGUGCACACCAAAUAUUGAUGGACCAAAUGCUAGAUCAGUUCAACGAGAACAGAGCUUACACUCCUUCCAUACUCUGUUCUGUAGGCGUUGCUUUAAAUAUGACUGUUUCCUACACCCUUUUCAUGCAACACCUAAUACAUACAAACGCAAAACUCCUGAGACCAGAGCGGAGACUGAACAGUGUGGGCCAGAUUGCUGUUUAUUUCUGGAUGGAGCUAAGGAUUUUGCAGUGGCCUUAACAGCUGAACGAAUUAAAACACCACCUAAACGUCCAGGUGGCCGUCGCAGAGGACGUCACCCAAAUAGCACAAGCCGACCAAGUACACCAACAAUAAACCAAUCUGAGUCUAAAGAUACAGACAGUGACAGGGAGGCUGGGACAGAUACUGGAGGUGAAAUAAAUGACAAAGAUGAGGAGGAUAAAAAGGAUGACACCACAAGUUCUUCUGAGGCAAAUUCCAGAUGUCAAACCCCUGUUAAGAUGAAGCUGACAUCUGAUCUUUCUGAUGUGGAGUGGAGCGGAGCUGAGGCCUCACUGUUCAGAGUUCUACAUGGCACUUACUACAAUAACUUUUGUGCCAUAGCCAAGUUAUUGGGAACCAAAACAUGUGGACAGGUCUAUGAGUUUGCAGUAAAGGAAUCUAAUAUCAUGGCUCGUGUCCCUGCGGAGGAUGCUGAUACACCACCUAGAAAAAAGAAGAGAAAGCAUAGGUUGUGGGCUGCACACUGUAGAAAAAUACAAUUGAAAAAAGAUGGUUCAUCCAAUCAUGUUUACAACUACCAACCCUGUGACCACCCACGACAGCCUUGUGACAGUUCCUGCCCUUGUGUCAUGGCUCAAAACUUCUGUGAAAAAUUCUGUCAAUGUAGCUCUGAAUGUCAGAACCGAUUCCCUGGAUGUCGUUGCAAGGCCCAGUGUAAUACCAAGCAGUGUCCUUGUUAUCUUGCCGUGCGUGAGUGUGAUCCUGACUUGUGCCAAACCUGUGGAGCUGCUGAUCACUGGGAUAGUAAGAAUGUGUCCUGCAAGAACUGCAGCAUCCAAAGAGGAUCCAAAAAGCAUUUACUGCUUGCACCAUCUGAUGUGGCUGGAUGGGGCAUUUUCAUCAAAGAACCGGUGCAGAAAAAUGAGUUCAUCUCUGAAUAUUGUGGAGAGAUUAUAUCUCAGGAUGAAGCUGAUCGCCGUGGCAAAGUUUAUGACAAAUAUAUGUGCAGCUUCCUUUUCAACCUGAACAAUGACUUUGUUGUUGAUGCAACACGCAAGGGUAACAAAAUACGAUUUGCAAACCAUUCUGUCAAUCCUAACUGUUAUGCCAAAGUAAUGAUGGUGAAUGGAGACCAUAGAAUUGGUAUCUUUGCCAAAAGAGCAAUCCAGACUGGAGAAGAAUUAUUCUUUGACUACAGGUACAGUCAAGCUGAUGCCCUUAAGUAUGUUGGUAUAGAGAGAGAAAUGGAAAUCCCAUGAAAUUAAACUGCCUCAGUUAUAGGCAGCUGCUUUUAUAUUUCAGGAUUUCUAUGUACUGUAUGGAAACAUAUUUAAACAACUCUGGUUGAU